AUGUCAAGUCCGGAAGCCCUCACAGAUAUAACUCUUGAUGGACUCAAAUUACUUUCAAGAGGUAAAGUGAGAGACGUCUACGAGACCUCAGACCCUACCGCCUUGCUCUUUGUGGCAAGCGAUCGCAUCUCGGCUUACGAUGUUGUCCUUAAUAAUGGGAUCCCAAACAAAGGAGAAAUCUUGACAAAAAUGUCCCUUUUCUGGUUUGAAAAGUUGAAAGAUGUCAUCCCAAACCAUUUGAUGACGGCUGAAGUGGAUGAGAUGCCAGCAGACGUUCAAGUCCACGCGAAUGUCAUUCGUGGUCGGUCCAUGCUUGUCAAGAAGGCCAAGGUCCUUCCAUUGGAGGCCAUUACCCGUGGUUAUAUUACAGGAUCCGCCUGGGCAGAGUACAAGUCCAAGGGAACAAUGCAUGGAAUAAAAUUGCCAGAAGGUCUAAGAGAAUCACAAAAAUUACCUGAGCCGGUUUUUACACCUUCCACAAAGGCAGAAGCCGGGCAACACGAUGAGAACAUCCACCCGGACGAAGCUAAACGUCUUGUAGGAGCUGCUAUCUACGAUCGCGUGUCCUCUGCUGCUUUGGAGCUGUACACGCGUGCAGCAGAAUACGCCAAAACCAGAGGUGUCAUCAUCGCCGACACCAAAUUUGAGUUUGGGCUCAUUCCUUCCCAGGACCCAAACUCCCCUUUCGUUCUCGAAGGACAACCGAUGGAGGUGAUCCUCGUGGACGAAGUGUUGACGCCAGACUCUUCUCGUUUUUGGCCAUUCGAUGGCUAUGCCGAGGGAAAGUCACAAGCUAGUUUCGAUAAACAAUAUCUACGUGAUUGGUUGACCAAAGCUGGGUUUGUUAAAGGACUAGAGAAGGGGCCCAAUGGCCAAGGUUGGACGAUAGAUCCAAAUGUGGUCUCCGAGACGCGACGCCGCUAUGAAGAGGCCUUAAACCGGUUGACGGAUGGCCGUAACACCCCCCAUCGCUCAGCUAGCUUGCUCACUCCUCCCUCAUCCGAAGAGCGCCCUCUCAUUCAGUCACUCCCUGCGGAAAACUCGGUAGCUUCCGGUGCAACCGAACCCUCGGUGAAGGUCUCUUUGGCUGAGAAGAUUAUGGCCCAAUCUGCGCUGUAUUCUCAAGCCAUUCAGAAGCAGCAACAGCAACAACAUUCGACAUCAUCGACAAUCGUUCCCCUCAAGAACGCAAAUUUUAAUUCUUCUGUGGUGAAUCCCCGUCCCCGUCCUUCUACACACAAGGAUCCAUCCUCCACUUUUACAUUCCAUCGUCUCCAACAAAAGCAGCAGCAAUUUCUCCCUCGCAACUCUAUCAAGGAAGAACAUGGAACCCCACAUGAUGAGGAACAUGACAAGCCCAUCGCUCCUUCCGACUUAUCUAUCGCUCUCACUGCAGUAGAACUUCCCGUCAUAGAUGAAGAGCCGAGCCAACACGACGAUCAAAUAGAACUCAGGACUAGAGGUGUAGAGCGAUCGAAGCCAGCAGCCCCUAUCCCGAAGCCGGACCCUUUGGACAACCCACUCAAGUUAGUGAUGCUCGCUUCUCCACUUAUAACGCCUAACUCUCGGCAGACUAUGAAAGUUCCUGGGACUACUAAUGCCAAGCACGCUAUAUCCGACCCUAUUAUUCCCGUAUCACAUAACGAGAGCUAUGCCGAUAUCUCGAUAACUGGCUUGCCUCUUACUAUAGACAUGAGGGCAUCGGGACCUACCUCCUUGAUCCCAUCCAGUAUUCCUUCCCAAGUCGAUCUGUCGCCGCCACAAUUAGCUGGCCCCCUUCCAGAAGCUCAAUCUGAUCAUGGAAUGCCCCAGCCUGCGCUAGGUGUCUAUCAGCAUCACAACAUUCAACUUGAUGACUUUAGUCGUCUGGUUGACUCGCUCAAGAUUACAUCCUCGAUGAGCAAUGAGCAACGGGAAGCUAGUCCUUUCCAACCACCUCGAUUCAACAAGGAGCAUGGCCUCGGAGAUCUCAAUAAGACGGCACAACGCCAAGUAGGGAGCGGUCCAUCCUAUGCCCAUCUGGUUGAUACUCUUCGCUCUUCCAUCUUCCCCUCGUCCGUGGAAGCAGUCUCUCGUGUUGCCUCCAGCACCAGCGAGAUGUCUGCGGUUCCAGGAAUUAAUGCCGGUGUUCACAAAUUUGCUCCAGGCACUAUCACCGCCGGUGGUUUCUCGACCUCUCAACCUCUCCAUCUUCAAGAUCUCUCUCAAUUGCAACCACCACAACUCCAGCUCCCUUACACCACGCCUGAACAAGCACUUCGUCUUCUGCAAGCUGCAGUACUCGCUCAAGAUCACUUCAUGGGAUCAGUGAAUGCCGCUACGACGUUUGAGAGUAGUCUACAGCCCCUGGAACCAAAGUUAUCGUCUGAUAGAAAAUGGAUGGGAAGCGAAGAUGGUAACGCCGCUCCGUUCCUCAACAUGAGCCCAAUGCAGCGUCUCAGUAGUGCUCAAAGUGCCGCUAAUCCCAUAUCAUCGACAGCAGGUAAAGGCCAAUCUUUCAAUAAACCAUCGCACGGUCGAAUCUAUCGUCCAGGAAUCAAGAUUCCGCCUCCUAUUCUACCAGGACUAGACUUUGGUCGUUCUGGAGGUGGGCUAAUGGACUCCGGAAGCGGGGCCAGUGGUCAGGUUCCCACUCUACUCCCUGCUCUAUCACCCACUUCUCCUCUUCUCUCUUCUGAGGAACCCAGCCCAGUUACGCCGCACUUUCAGCACAUGUCCCGAGGCUUCGAUACAGAGGAAGAAGUGAAGCAGGCCUAA